AUGGCCUCACGAAGCCUAUCUCCAUUGUCCUCGGCAUCAAAACCGUGUCGCUGUGGCCAAGCAGACGAGCGGAAGAUGGCUUCCACCAUCUUCAGCUCCUCUCCCUCCAAGGUUACUACUGCCAAACUAGGAGGAGGCAGCGUCACCAGAUCUUCCUCGCCCUACACGCAGCUCACCUUCUGCUCGAGGCAUCACUUCCAGAAGGCGGCAACGACAGCGUUGGCCCUCCACAAGCCUCCGCCCGAGCUGUCCCUGCUUUUGCCGGCGCGGAGCAAGCAUGCAAGGACGUGCCCGGCUGCGGACAACGACCGGGCGGCGCCAGCGGCGGCACAAGAGGCACCAAACCCGCUCCCGCCGGCCGCACCCGGCGCCGACGGCCAGCAGCCCAGCGCCAACGGCAGCCCGGCCCAGCAGGAGCCGCCGAAGCGGGCUCCCCUGACGGCUCGGGAGCGACUGCGCGCGGCGCGCGUGCUGGGCAAGUACGCGGAUCCCGGCGGCUCGUCGCCGAAGGGCAAGUCGGCGGCGGGGAAGCCGGAGUUCGGGAGCCGGGUGCUGGACGCGCUCCGGGAGACUGACGGCGCGAAGAAGAAGCGGUCGGGGUCGCGGCUGCCCGAGGCGCCGAGCAACAUGUUCGACGACAGCAAGCGCGGCCUGCCCAAGGAAGGGUGGACGUUCGAGGCCCUGCCGUUCGGCACCGACGUGCUCGUCAUCGUCGCCUCCUUCACGCUCAUCACCGCCGUCAUGUUCGGCACCACGUACCUCGUGUGGAAGCUCGGCGGCAUCCACUUCAACGAGUACUAGGCCACACUAGCUAGCUAGAUUGGGCGAUGAAUCGCUCAUUCGAAUUGGACUCCGGUUGAUGCUUCUUGCGGUGCUUUGAUCAAAUGGUUUUGUGCUAUUGUACUAUACUGUAUCGCCGGCAUUGGUGCUUGGAUGGAGUUUGGAACACAAUGUUAUACGAAUCCAUAGU